GCGAUGGAGAACAGUAGCGAUGGACCACUACGCGUGCCUGGAAUGGGAGACAUUCCUCUGGAUAAGGGGCUCCCCAUCACGGACCGUUUCGCGCACGGCUUUUGCGAAUGGGAGCAAGUCCCCACAGUAACCCAGCGCGAGUUCACCAUGGUGGCCGUCAUGAACGACCUCACAGACAAGCCGGACUGGCAGACCGGGAUAUUUCGACAAGAGAGAGUGGACCACUGGCGUGGCGACAUCUUCGCUGCGAGACCUCUGAUGAGCGACCGGGCCUGGGAAUGGUGUGUGUCGGAGCUGCGCGACAAGGCGGGCUACUACAGCACACAUGGAUUUAUUCACGUCCUGGACACUGGCUCGCGUGUUUGCAAGUCGGACGCCUUAGUUUCGCCAAAGCUACUCGCCGAGAUCCGAGGAGCAUGUCAGUCAUUGUUGCCGACGCAGGCUGAGGGGCAGAGCUGCACGAACGGCGUCGUCUCACUGAUUGAUCCGUCAUUAUAUCCCUUGGUUUGGGGAAGGAGUCUAAUCAGAGACGAUGGCGGUCAUUCCACGGUCACACAGGCACCGGCACACGAAGACAAAAGAACCGGGAUCGGCAAUGUGCAAGAGCGCAUGGAUACCGCCCUACGGGGUGCAUAUCCCGAGCCUUGGCACUAUGCUUUCGAAGAGGAGGAUCGAAGCGAGUACUCUGCCUAUUUCUGGUCGUAUAGACACCAAUGGCUCCCAGCCGAGAUCGAGUUCAGCGAGGCCGAAGGUACUGCCAUGCGAUUCACUUCGUACAUCAAUGGUCUUGAUCAGGACAACAAAACUCUCGACCGACCUCUAGCAGAACUCGUCUCGGCAUGUAUAGCACCGUGGAACGAUUGUCUUAUCGAGGGCCGAGCAGGAUGGGAUGAGGACUGGGACUAUCUACCGGAAAGCCCGGCACUCGGCUGGGCGCCGCCUGGUAAUGUCCGGCCGCAGCGCGGACGCACGCCCUGUCGGAUCAUCACGUAUGGACCUCAAUGGGACAACGAAGCUCCAGAAUGGAUCGCUCUCUUUGAUCAGCACCGCCGGAAAAGGGUCGCCAAGUACAUGGCCCUGAAGGCCGAAAUCGAGAUGAUAAAGUCACAGAAGCCGCCGCGGGAUGCGGACGCCGGCUCCAAGAAGAAGCACAAAUUACGGCUGGCGGUUGCGGAAUGGGCUUUGGCGCAUAACAAGGACCAGGAAGUCGUCGGCCUUGAGCAGCUGCCUGAACCUACUGCCGAGCAAUGGACCAUGGCAAAAGAGUAUCUCGAACGCCCGGAGCCUGGUACGGACGCCCCUGUGGUGCUGCCUGAGAGCUGGGAACGAUCGGCUGGAAUUUUGCUGGGCCGUAAGACGCGCCGCCUGAUUCGGCUUAAGCACCCAGAGCCCGGUACAGCGUUUUCGUACGAGGAAUGGAAGAAUGGCACCCAUGGCGGAAAGGCCAUUGUGGACAUGGUCACUGACAGACCAAUCAGACCUGACAAGCCGCCUGCCAGCACGCCUCAUGAACCCUACACCAUCUCCCUUGAGGACAAGUUUCGAAGCCAGGGCCUUCAGGUGAUCGUCCGUGCUGAUAGCAUCACUUUGGACGCCGGACGCGAGAAAGUGGCGGAAUUUGUGGGGAGCAGCUGGAGUCUGGCCGGCCAACCGAAUGAGCACGUUGUUGCCAUCGCCCUGCUCGCAUACGACGUCGACAACGUCACCGACGUACGUGUCUCCUUUCGACAACAGACUGACAUCAGGGAAAACACGUACAAUUACGGCCAAGGCGGUCUCCACCAGGAGGCUGCGACCUUCAGCGUGUUCAAAAUGCCGGCUCACACGUGGUUCAAAGCUAGUCUUGAAAAAGCUCUGUGCGACAUCUUUGGCUUUGAUGAAGCAGAAAUCGCGGGUCAUACACCCACAUUUCCAAUGGAGAUGCAGGAGCUGGGCAGCGUCGCGUUGGCAAAAGGCCGACUAAUUGCAUUUCCCAACACCAUGGAACACCGCAUAGGGCCGUUCAGCCUUCAGGACGAGAGCAAGAAGGUGGGACACGUCAGGUGGAUCACGCUGAUGUUGGUGGAUCCACAUUACCGGAUUUGUUCCACGAGGAACGUGCCCUCACAGCAGGGUGACUUUAGCAGGGAAGAAGCCGCGGGGUACAAGAGGGACAUGGAAAAGGAGCAUGCUUUGGCGGACUUUGCAAGAUACAGAGAAAUUGGAAAGUUUUUCUUUGCUUGAUGUAUGUGGGAUUCACCGUCUACCCUCACUGAAUUAUCUACAAGAAGAUUCGAGAAAUAGUAAGAUUCUGAGUGAGUCAA